AUGCCAUAAAUCCUAUUAUUAUUCAUCAUUUUGCGAACAGCGCUGCUUUUCGUAGCAAACAGACAGUAGAGUGAGAGACCAGAACUGGAGUAUUUUUGGCUUUGUGUAUUUGAAGCGCGUACAUCGAACUGAAUCGGCAUACGUAAACACACACACACACAGAGUGCGAGAGAAGAGACGAAAGGAUUUUGGUUCGGGGACGACACAUACAAAAGAGAUAAAGCGAAACAUUCGCAUUUGAUGUGAAACGGUUGCAUGGAAAUGACAGAGCAGUAAUCGGCAGCAAAGCGUUCAUAAUUACUGGUUGCACUGUCAAGAGAAUCUCGUAAACGGGCGGAGAUCACAGAGGAAGAGCGAGAGUGAACAGACGCGGGCGAGAGAAAUUAGUCGACAGUAGAAUUGUGUAUUGAAUAACAAUAAUUAAAUUUACGCCUCGUAAUUAAAAUCGCACAGAUUGACUCUUGGAUCUCGGAUUCGUCGGACAAGAGCAGCAGCAUUUACAUUCAGCAUUUUCAACAAUUAAUUAUAUUAUCAAUUUAUUAUUCGUUUGGAUUUGUUGUGUGUCAUUGAAUUCGACGCUGAAAACCACAUAAGCUGUCGUUGCCUUGCACAAUAUUCCAUACGGACACAAAUACACACGCACACGUGUGCAACUGACAAGUGACAACUCUGAACUUCAAGUGUAACAAAAAAUUAAAUAUCCACUUUAUAUCAACUUUUUUUUGUUUUGCUCGUGAAAGUCUUCAAUUACUGCAUCGAAAUUGGAAAAAAUUCCCAAUAACAUAUCGUUCGUUAAAUUGGAAAUCAAUUUAAUUUGAUCAACGUCAUCGAAAAAACAUAGAGAGAACGAGAGACACAGACUAUUUUGGGCUAACCAUUCUCGCCUAUAUGUGUUUAAAUUGAAAUUUGUGUGCGCUCAGCGACAAGCCUCUCCACAAUGAUGACACGGAGAUUUGUUGGAAGACGCAAUCGUGCAACCACGCAAUUCAAAUGGUCAAUGCGAAGCGUUCAAUUGACGAUAAUUGGUUUAUUGAUCGCCAACACAAUCGAACGAAAUGAAGCCGUUGAUUGGGCGAGUUGUACUAAUGCACUGGGCAUGGAGUCAGGAGCGAUAGCUGAUUUCCAGAUAACCGCCAGUAGUGCACAUGACCCAGGAAAUGUUGGACCACAGCAUGCCAGAUUAAAGGUCGAUAACAAUGGAGGCGCUUGGUGCCCGAAGCAUAUCGUAUCACGUGGACUUAAGGAAUACUUACAAAUUGAUUUGCUCCAAAUGCACGUAAUCAGCGCGAUUCGAUCGCAAGGGAGAUUUGGACGUGGUCAAGGACAGGAAUAUACUGAAGCAUACGUCGUCGAGUACUGGCGCCCCGGUUUCACAAAGUGGGAACGCUGGAAAAAUACCCAAAACAAAGAGAUUUUGACUGGCAACAUCAACACCUACAGUGAGGUGGAGAAUAUCUUGCAACCGAUAAUAAUCGCAUCGAAAGUCCGCAUCUAUCCGUACAGUCAGUAUGAUCGAACGGUUUGUUUACGAGUCGAAUUGGUUGGCUGCCCAUGGACCGAUGGUUUACUUUCGUACAGCAUCCCAAAAGGUGUUCAGCGUGGACUGGAAAUCGAUUUAUCGGAUCAAACAUAUGACGGUCAUGAUGAAAACGACCGAUUAGUUAGUGGCUUGGGUCAAUUAGUGGAUGGACAACGAGGAACCGAUAAUUUCCGCACCGACAUUCAUGGAUAUGGAAAAGGUUACGAAUGGGUUGGCUGGCGAAACGAUUCACUGGGCAUGGCCGGUAAACCUGUUGAAAUGACAUUCGAAUUUGACUCGGUGCGAAAUUUCAGCUCCAUUGUACUGCACACCAAUAACAUGUUCUCGAAGGAUGUAGCGGUAUUCACACAUGCAAAGGUGUUCUUCAGCAUCGGUGGACAGCAUUUCAACGGUGAACCCGUACAUUUUUCAUACAUGCCAGACACAGUAAUGGAAAAUGCACGUGACGUUACCAUUAAAUUACAUCAUCGCAUUGGGAAAUACGUACAAGUGCACUUGUACUUUGCGCUGCGUUGGAUUAUGCUAAGUGAAGUGACCUUUGUUACGGCACCAGUCGUUGGUAAUUUCAGUGAGGAGGAGGCAAACGGUAACACUGUGCCGCAGGAUACAUUAGAAUACCCCCUGCAACGUGACGAAGUUCAUACACAGAACACCAAAGGAGAUCGCAAUCACCAAAUACCGCCGGUGCAUCAGAAACCAGUUGAUCGAGAUCAAGAUUCACAUUAUGUUGGUGUCAUCAUUGCUCUACUUACAACGAUAAUACUGCUAUUGGUGGCCGCCAUCAUGUUUAUCGUAUCACGAAACAAACGCUCACCACGCUCCGACGUCCUCAAUUCGCUGCAACACAAUUUCAACCAAGAUACACUGGGAUUGGGCAUCGAUAAGCGUCAUCAUAUGAAGGUGACAAUGGACGAUAAUGAAUCGAUCGAUAAAAGUAGUUUGUAUCAUGAACCGUUCAAUGUGAACAUGUACACCAGUGCUGCUAGCGGAUGUUCGCUUAACGAUUUGCAACGCAACCACGUUACACCCGACUACACAGACGUUCCUGAUAUUGUUUGCCAAGAGUAUGCCGUGCCACAUAUGCAGGAUUUAAUACCAAAAAUACCAGGUGGUUAUGUGAGCGUUCGUAACACGCCGCCAUCUUUGAAUAAUAUGGUAUUUCCAAAGCCACCGCCAGUACCGCCACCGCCCGAAAAAUACUAUGCAACAACAGCCAUUUGUAAAACAUCGGCCGCAUCGACGAUGGGACCAAACGGUGGUAUCGCAAACAAUAACAUUCAUACGACCAACACGAUGCCACUAUCAGCAACAGCACAACCGACGGCUACAACAAAUCUGCUCAGCUCAUACAAUGAUACCGAUGCAACAUCGACCGACGAUGAUUUACAGCAAUUGAACGAAUUUCCCAGACAUUCAUUGGUUAUUGUCGAGAAGCUUGGCAGCGGUGCGUUUGGCGAAUUGCAUUUAUGCGAAACAAAAGGAUUAAGCUAUAAUCUGGUAGCGGUUGCAACAUUACGGCCCGGCGUUUCGGAGAAUACGAAAAAAGAAUUUCGUGCCAAAGCAAAACACCUGGGUCGCUUAAAGGAUGUGAAUGUGGCUCCAUUAUUAGGCGCCUGUUUACGCGAUGAACCAAUUUGUAUUGUGCUCGAUUAUAGCGAUUGCCAAGGGGAUUUAAAUCAAUUUCUACAAGAGCAUGUCGCUGAAACGGGACCGGUUGGCGUUCAGAACAAAUCACUGAGUUAUGGCUGUUUAAUGUACAUUGCUACACAAAUAGCUUCGGGUAUGAAAUAUUUGGAACAAAUGAACUUUGUACACAGGGAUUUAGCAACAAG